CGAGUAUGAUCUUAGAAGCGUUUCUUUGCAUCAUAUAAUUCGUCAAAAUGGAAAGCCACAUGCUGCUGACAUAAAGGAGUUUGAUGAAUAUUUUAAAGACAAUUGUUAUACACCAAUGCCAGAAACAGUAAAAGUAUACCGGGACUUGAUUCAUUCUGCCAGUGAGAAAGAGAUUACAGAAUACAACGUGAUUCUUUGCACCACAGAUGUUGCGACUAACUCUAGGCUACUUAAAGCACUACAAAUACAACAGAUUAUCGUGGAUGAAGCCGGCAUGUGUCAUGAACCAAAAUGUUUGGUUCCUAUUAUUGCUUCAAAGGCUGAACAAGUUGUCCUCAUUGGUGACCACAUGCAGCUGCGACCUAUCAUUAAAUGCAAAGAGGCAGCUGAACUUGGAAUGGACACGUCUCUGUUUGAAAGAUAUGCGCUCAUGGAUGAUUCCGAGAACCUUAAAACUAACGUGAACUGUACAAUGUUGGAAAAGCAGUAUAGAAUGCAUCCGCGAAUAUGUGACCUGCCAUCAGAGUUGUUUUAUGAGGGCAGGCUUCAGACUGCCAGAAAAAUUGGCAGAGAUCAGCCUUUGCCGAUUUGGCCAGAGCACGAAACGCUUGGUACAAUUCCUCGGGUAUUCGUGCAUCUUGUGGGAAAUGAAGAAAUGCUCACAGUUUUGACCGAAGACGGCAAUGAAAUGUCGAAAAGUAAUGCUGUAGAGGUGGAUUAUGUCGUUGGAUUGUAUAGAAACUUGAUCACACAAUGUGAAUCAGUUUUCAUAUUGUCACAGUACAACGCACAAUGUGCGGAAAUAAAGAGGAAGUUACGAGAAAUGAAUCUACGCGAUGAGGAUGUGAGCACAGUGGUUUCAAGUCAAGGUGGGGAGUGGGAUUACGUGAUCUUCAGUACUGUACGAUCCUUGCCCAAGUACAAAAUUGAGAAGAAACCCACAUUGGGCUGGUGCAAAUACAAUCUGGGUUUUAUUACCGAUCAGAACCAGGUCAACGUCGCCAUAACAAGAGCCAAGAAGGGUCUCGUCAUCGUUGGGAACAAACAUCUGCUACGGUGUGACAAGACUUGGAAUACAAUUCUUGAAGACUAUGAACACUACGGCUGCGUAAAAACGCCGAUGGAAUUCCCGCCACCAAACACGAGGUUGACCAGACAGGAAAUAAUGGCCCGUGCGCGUGCGCAAAGCUACAGAAGAUACGGCGAGACCAUUUAUGAACGCGGGGAGGCCACCUCAUACGUUGGACCUGUCGAUGAAAGACCAACAUUGCGAAUUCGAAAUCGAGGUUGUGCUUCUGCGAGACAAGGCGAUCGAUAUAGACCAUCCUAAAAUUAGAGCUGGUACGUAAUGGAAAUUGUAACAUAAAAAAGUUUAUGAAGUGUUGUCGUGGAUUUUUAAUAUAUUUACAUAUUGCUUAAGGGGACCUUUUCACGUUUUGGUAAAUUGACAAGAUUAAACAAAAAUUGUGUUAGAUUCGCAAAUUUUCGUUGUAUUUAUGGUAUUUGUGAGAAAAAAAAUAAUACUGGACAUUUACAAUGCUUAAAAAUAUCCAUUAUAUACAUCUUUUGCGAUUUAAAAAUCUGAAAAUUAUCAAGCGUUGCAACGCAAAGCGAUUGAAUAAUUUGGAGAGAUCUGUUGUUGUCGUAAUAUUUCAUGACACUACGAUUAUUUAAAGUAUAAAAUAUAGUCCUUGCUGUAUGACCACGGAUGGCCGAGUGGUCUAAGCGGGGUCAGUGGUUCGAGCCCAGUUGAGGGUUAACUUUUUUCUUUUCUUUUAUUCUUGUUUUUACUGGAGCUUUUUAGAUCCAACAUUAUCAUUUAUCAAUUUGAAGCAUUUAAAGACAAACUUAAAUACCUGUCAAAAUCUUUGAAAAGGUCCCUUGAAAGUAAAUGACAAUAUGCAGAGUGUUUGUAACGUAUUUGUAUUACGGUUUUCGUGAGUUAUUGCUGUAUAAAGAAGUUGAAUGUUGUAUUGUUAUACCAUGAGUUGCCAUACCACUUCAAGUUUGCAGAGUUACUUACUUUUCUGUGGGUUUCGCUCUACAUACAAUUUGCGUUGAAUCUCUCAAACAAUAUGGUAAUAACUCUACCAUAUGUGUUUUUGUAUGUUCAUCUAUUGUUCUGGUAUAUACAGAACUGUGGAGGAUAAUAUUUUUUCAUUUCAUCAGGUAAUAAUUAUCAAGUUGUUUAAUUAAGUUUGUGUGUAAAGUUUGUGUUAAGUCUACGAGUAAUGUGCUAUAUAAAUGUUUGUCUAGAGGUAUUGUUUAUUGAAUGUUUUUCUUCGUUGUUUUUACAAUCCUUUUAACGUUUUCACAUCCUUCUUAAAAUUCGCUGAACAUGAUUUUAUAACUUCAUUUCAAUUCAUAACAUAUCAUAAACAAGCUAUUUUGAACACUAUUAUCAGAAGUUGUGUUAUUGAUAGUUGCAAUCGAAGUGUUUUACGCGACAAAUUUACGCAUACUUAAAAUGCGUUGCUAUUAUAAAUGUCAACGGUAGUGGAAACUGUGGUUAAUGACGUUAAUGAUUUUCUGAAAAUUAUAAUCUUUGAAACUGAUGGUCUUCAUACAAUAUAUAGAUAAAUACAUUAAUGAUAAAUUCACCAUUGAGUAAAAAACGUCACUAAAAAUACGACCUGACACCAUUAUGGACAUCUAUGGGUGAGUAUAACGUAACAGCGAGGUGCCACUGAUAAUUAAUCUGAAAAUAAUAAUGUUUUUUCUACAACUCAACACAUUGUAUUAAAGUAUGUUUUGACUUUUUUUACAAUAUUUGCCUUGGUACCUUGCCUUAAAUAAAGGACCAACUAAUUGUUUUUAAUGAAAAUUCAAUACUGCUCCAGCAGCUGGAGUUUCACUUCUUUAUAUUGGUAUGUCUUUUUUGAUUGUCGACUAGCGACUCGUGUGGUUGCUGUCCAUGCUGGCUGCUUAUUCUGCGAUCUCAGUUCUUACAAGUGUGUUCGCCAUGCAUAUAUUAUGAAACUAUAUUUGUAACGCUUUAACUGGGCGUGAAGCUAGGUUUUGCUACAGUUUAUGCAUGAAGGAACAUUUGCACCUUUGCGUACAUAUCAUAGUUACGUGUUUAUGUUUUAUUUGCUAUAGUAUUUUUUUCUACAAAGUUAUGCUUUCACGUAUAAAAUAUAUGUGUGUGUGUGUAUUAUUUUCUUUAAGAUUUGAUUGUCUACACAUUUAUGCGUUCACGUAUAUAUUAAACGUGUUUAUGUCUUUAUUAUAUUGGUUUGGAUGUGUGUAAUGUUUUGUUGUCAUUGUAAAAUACCUUUAAUAAUAUGCCACUUGCACUAAAUUAAGGACGACGUGUUUUAAAAAGAUGUAUUCGCUGUUGGUGCAAAUGAAGUGCCACUUUGUUCACAUUUGAUAUUAUAUUUUUACGUGAUAUGUAAACUUAUGUUGAUAUGAUUUGUUGACAUGUUGUGUGUUUUAAUGUAUGCAGAAACUAAGAUCGUCUUUAAAAAAAAAACAAUUUGCGUUGAAAUUAAUUUGUAGAUGGUAUACUUUUUAUAAAGUACAAAAGGAACACAAUAAUCAGCAUCGAGAUUUCUCGAACCCUAUAUUACAAUAUAUAUAAAUGCGUGCCAUUAGUAUUGAAAAUAUUGUAUUCAUUGCGCAAGCAUGAGUAAAUGUAACGUGAAUAAACAGUUUCACGCGACUUCUUUUACUUCAUGUAUUAAUUGCAAAAAAAAGAUGUUAAAACAACGCUUUUCAAAAGAAAUAAUAUCAACUGGAGAUUUUGACAGAUACGUGAAAUUAUAACAAGAUGCAACCGCAAUUCCAAUAUAAAUGAAUAUUACCAGUAAGAUUAUAUAAUUUCAA